AUUCACUAAUUUCUUAACUACUGAGUAAUAUCUUUCAUAGCUCAAUACUCAUCCAUUUACAGGAAUAUUAUAGUCUAUUAUUUCCCGAUUAUAACUAUUUUUUGGGGGGUGUCCUGGUUACAAUAACAACCACAGGGUAGAGUGCUAAUAAUGCCAUGUUGUUUAAUUGUUAUAGAUUCUCCUGAAGUGAUUAAGCCUCCUGAUGUUGGAAAGUCUCACACUGUUGGACAAAUGAUCCUAGAACAGGAGAAGGGUGGAUUUGAGCCUGAAGAGGACACAGUGGCAAACUUCACUGCCACCUCCUUUAGUGUCCCCUCAGCUGUAAGUAUAUUCCAUGUAUUCUUUACAUAUGUUUCAUAUAUAUAUAUAUCAGUCUUUUUAUGAUAUAUAUAAUUCCCUUUGUUCUUUUACAGUGUGGAGAAGCUUCCAAUGGCUCAGAGUCAGUCACCGAGCUACUAGGCGCAGAAGGACCCUCUGACAGGUAUUAGUUUGGACUAUAUUCUCACUAUUAUUAGUAUUCUGCUAUUUGUUUACCAUUAUUAUAAAAUAACUCUCUGCCUGUAACUCUUUUCAUUUCAGCGCCAUGCCCAGAUCUCUGGAAAACUUCAAUCUGGGAAAGGUAUUGGGUGAAGGCACCUUUGGAAAGGUGUUCCUGGCAGAGUACAAGGACACAAAACAACUGUGUGCCAUAAAGACCCUCAAGAAAGAGAGGAUUAUUGCCAAGAAUGAUAUCAAGAGUGUUUUCAAGGAGAAGCGAAUCCUUCAGAAGGUUACCAGCGCAGAGCACCCAUUCCUGGUUUCCUUAUACGCCACAUUCCAGAGUGAGAAUCACCUCUUUUUUGUUAUGGAAUAUCUUCCUGGAGGUGAUCUGUGCCAUCUGCUCGAGCAUCAAGGAGCAUUUGAGGAAUCAAAAGCCAUGUUUUACACUGCCUGUGUAGUCCUCGGCCUGGAGGAAUUGCACCGAAAUAAUAUUGUUCAUAGAGACUUGAAACUGGAAAAUCUAAUGGUGGAUGUACAUGGCUAUCUGAAAAUUGUGGAUUUUGGCCUGAGCAAAGAUGGUUUCAAAUAUGGAGAUUGCACCAAGACCCGGUGCGGAACAAACUGCUACAUGGCCCCAGAGAUCAUUGAUGAGAUGGCAUACAGCAGGGCCGUUGACUGGUGGGCCCUUGGGGUUGUGUUAUAUGUCAUGAUCAUGUUCCAGUUCCCAUUUGAUGCAGAAGAUGACAUGGAAUUAUUUGAGAGCAUCAGGAACGACAAACCUGCCCUGACAGAGGAAUUGUCAGAGGAAGCUCAGUGCCUAAUACUAAGAGUAAGUGGAUGAUGAUUUGGCUGUGGGACUGGGAUGGGGCCUGAUGGUUCUGUCAAUUUAACACUGAUUUUACCUUUAUUGUAGUUACUGGAGAAAAAUCCAUGUCAUCGCCUCGGAUCCAGCGAAGCUGGUGCUGAAGAGGUUAAAGCCCAUGAAUUCUUUGAAGAUAUUGAUUGGGAAGAAUUUCUUGAAAGAGAACUGAUGCCUCCAUUUAAACCAGAUGUCAGUGGCCUUACAGAGAGUACCAGGCAAUCUGAAUGCCAAGCCUGGGGAUUAAUGCCACCAGCUGAAGCGAUAUCAGCAGAAGCACAAGCGUUAUUUGAAGGAUUCGACUAUUCAGCUGAGUGAGAGGCAAUUGCAAGGGGCAGAUAUAUGACUGGAAAGGGCGGGUGGAGGGCCAGUCCGUAUACAAAUCAAAAGCCCCAUUGACUUAAAGUUAAUAUCAGAUGCCCCAAGUCAUCAGUUUCUGAAGGAACAGUCUAAUGGUGGCGCCAAAGUAUCUGUACAUCAGCCCUAAAGAGCAGAGGUCUGGACUGUGAUUCAAGAGACCCUGACAUUUGAAGUACAAAGAGAUCCAAACAGUCCCCAGUGGCAUUUGCCAGAAUCUACAGAUUGCCACCACGGGCCUGACCUGAUUGUAAAGGAACAGCCUAAUGGUGGAACAACAGUAUCUGCAGGUGGCUCCAGAGUAUCUGUACAUCAGCCCUGAAGAGUCAUUCAAGAGCCAAUAAGUGAGCUACAGACUGUUGGAAGGGGCAAAUAUAUGACUGAGGUGCAGUGGCUAUAUCAGGUCUGGACUGAGAUUAACAAAAAAAACCUUGGUAUUUCAAGUAAAAAAAGAUCCAAACAGUCCCCUGUGGCAUUUACCAGAAUCUACAGAUUGCCACCCCGGGCCUGACCCAGAUACACAUGAGAAGCCCCAUUGGUACGAAAUGGAUAUUGGAUUCCCCAACAUCAAGUUGUGGAGGAACAGCCUAAUGGUGGAACAACAGUACCUGCAGGUGAGCCCACAUUCUUACAGAUAAACCUUAAUAAGUUCAGUUACUAAAACACAAUAGCAGAUGCACAUGUUGAAUAAAAACAAAUAAUUGCAGCAUUUAAAAAAAAAAAUGUUUCCACAGAAAAAAUGUUGCAGGUUAUGUUACCGUCUGCAUCAGACAAGAAAUAUCUAGUACAGGUAUGGGAUCCGUUAUCCGGAAACCCGUUAUCCAGAAAGUUCCAAAUUACAGAAAGGUCAU